CCUAGUGUGGAGUAUUAGUUCGAGUUAUAAUGGCGUCUGCAUCGCGUCUCGCUAUAAUAUUUUUCUUUUUACAAUUCUUUGUUAGCUAUCUCUCUUGUAACGAUGUCGAGUUUACGGACAAUAAUUGGACUAAUAUGUUGGAAGGUGAAUGGCUUGUUAAAUUCUAUGCACCCUGGUGUCCAGCCUGUCGAGCAUUGGAGGAUACAUGGAGUGAAUUAGCACAAUGGAGUCAUCAAAGUGGUCAUGUUUCUGUAGGCAGUGUUAAUGUAGUAGAUCAACCAGCUUUAAAUGGAAGAUUUAUGGUAACAUCACUACCAACUAUAUACCAUGUAAAAGAUGGAGAGUUCCGUCAGUAUAAAUCUGCAAGAUCGUUGAGUGACUUGCAAAAGUUCAUUAACGACGAAGAGUGGAAAGAGAUAGCCCCGGGUUCGUCUUGGUCGUCUCCGACGUCAGCUAUAAUGGGCGGUAUUAGUAAAUUGUUCUCCCUAUCAAUCGAAUUAAAGAAUUUCCACGAAUCCUUGCACAAUGACUAUGGUCUACCUGGAUGGAUAUCUUUUGUGUUGUUUGGUUUAGCUGUGAUAAUUGUUGGGUUGCUGUUGGGAAUUCUGUUAGUUGUAAUAUCAGAUUGGGUGUGGGGUGAACCCACUAUACCACCUGUCCAACAUGAUAAGAAAACUGACGAUGUCGUAAAUGAAGGAGCUGACAGUGAGAACGAGAAAGAAGAGAAAAAAGAGGAAGAAAAAUCCGAAGUAAAAAAUGAAGUGCGUCAACGAAAAGUGAACACCGCGGGCGACGAUGAAAAAUAAAACCAACUAUUUUUAGGUUUUAUAUUUGAACGUAGGGAGGUAUUUUGUACUAGUUGUAGUUGUUUUACAGUUUUUAUUGAAUUAAAUUAAGUUGUUUUUUUUCCCUU